AGCAUAUAGAACACCAUCGUCUCCGUCAAUGCCCACAGCGAAGUCGUCGUCAAGUAAAAUGUUUUUGGGUUUUGUGGAUUUGUAGUCUCGGGGAGUGUCGGUCUUCUGCUUAAGCGCCAUGGACAACACUAACGGGGAUGGAGUGGAGAGGCAGGUGCAAGUGAAAUUUGUCACGAAGUUGCCUCCUGCGCUCCGUGUUGUCAGCUCUGCCUUCGCCAUCCCUGCGAAGCUUGGCCGUUAUGGGCUCUCCGAAGUUGUGAACACACUGCUUGGCCUUGAGAAGCCGCAGCCAUUUGAUUUUCUUAUUGACGGGGAGCUAUUGAGGUCUUCCAUUGAGCAAUUUCUCCUCACCAAAGGAAUUACUGCUGAAACAACCUUGACGAUUGAAUACAUCCCCGUUGUUUUGCCACCGGAGCCCCAACAGCCUCGUGCCCAUGACGAGUGGGUUAGCGCUGUAAGUGGAUUCAACACCAGGUUUAUAAUCACUGGUUCGUACGACAACCACGGAAGGAUAUGGAAUGCCUCAGGGGAAUGUGUUUUCCUUUUGCAUGGUCAUACUGAUGCGGUGACGUCACUUGCUCCUAUACCUGCACCACGGUCAAGUGCUAAGAAGCUGCAGCUCGUGACAGCCUCCAAAGAUCACACUCUACGCUUUUGGCAGGUUGCUUUAAAUGAGGCAACUUCGUCCACCACAACCUUGAAACCAGUGAAGCGAUUGAAAGGACACACCUCAUCAGUUCAAAGUGUUGCUGCUAGUCCGUCAGGGAGCGAGGUGUGUUCAGGGUCGUGGGAUACAUCUAUCAAGUUGUGGAGUGUGAGGGAUGACCCUGAUGGAGAAGAUGAUCUAGGCGGAAAGAAAAGGAGAUUAGAGACGGGAGCUGUGGCCUCUGCUGAGAAGCAAGUGGAAGCUAGAGCAACUCUUCAGGGGCAUACUCAGGUAGUUGGAGCUCUCGAUUGGUCCGAACGAGAUACCAUCUACUCUGCUUCAUGGGAUCAUUCAUUGAGAACCUGGGAUGUGGAAUCUGCAGUUAACACUAAUAUUCUGACUUGUAGCAAAGCAUUGCACUGCUUGAGUGUGGGUGGGGAAGGGAAUUCAUUGCUGGCUGCCGGAGGGACUGAUCGUAUUCUUAGGAUCUGGGAUCCUCGGAUACCUGGAACUGUAGCACCUGUACAACAACUGUCAUCUCACAAGGGUUGGAUAUCCGCUUGCAAGUGGCACCCUAAGUCAGCUUUUCAUUUGCUGUCAGCAUCGUACGAUGGCACUGUCAAACUUUGGGAUACACGAGCCAUAAUUCCGCUAGUUACCUUAUCUCAGCAUAAGGACAAGGUUCUUAGUGCAGACUGGUGGAAAGACGACCAUAUCGUCAGUGGUGGGGCUGAUUCACAGCUCCAGAUUUAUUCGAAGUUGAACCUACCUUUUUGACUCCCUUUGACGUAAGCGUGGCAUUGCUUCUAAUUUUUCGUUCAUGAUGUUUUCGAAACAAUGUCAUUUAUCAUUGCGUAGCAUGGCUGCGGCCUACAUAAUUAAAUCGUGUGGUAUUUUGUGCAACUUCAUUCGAAUCGGAGAGUGGGGAGUAAAAGAUCUGAAAAUUUUCAGUCUGAACAAUUCAAUGAGUUAGCUUACAGGUCGUAUCUCCCAUCACAACAUCUAACUGCUA